AUGUCAAACAUAUAUGUCCUCAAGCGGGCAUUUGCAAAGUUCGGCGAAAUGUGCUUUGGUAAGAUUUUCGGGACGUUCGUGGGACCACAAUUAGAAUUUGCCACUCAGGCCUGGAGAAUAUGGACUAUCAAAGACCGCAGCACCCCUAAACAAGUCUAAAGACGGACAACCAAGCUUGUCCGAGGCCAACGCUACUUGCCCUACGAAACCUAACUGUCCAACCUUGGCCAUACCCAGGCCCGAGCUCGGGUGUUCCACACUUAGGGCUUGGGUAUGGCUGGCUGACGAUGGCUAAUAAGCCAGAAAUGGCCAUUCCAGUCUCCCUUGUCUUUGUCGGUAAUAUCAUUCUGCCUAUAUAUCAUGCGCCGCUGCGCGGCUGCUGGUUGGGCUCGACAGAGAGCCCGUAAGGCACAACGGAACGAGUGAGUUCCGUAUGAACGAUCGGUGAGAGCCCCCUAACAUUGUAUAUUCCCGAUCGAAAACCGACAGGGCAACGGGCUCGUGGCCCGGUGAGUAGAGACGUUGACUUCUAAACCAACAGGUCGCGAAUUCGAGGCUCGGGUGUUCCACACUUCGGGCUUGGGUAUGGCUGGCUGACGACGGCUAAUAAGCCAGAAAUGUCCAUUCCAGUCUCCCUUGUCUUUGUCGGUAAUAUCAUUCUGCCUAUAUAUAUAUAUAUAUAUAUGUAUCGCGUUCAUCAUCCGCCGAAGAAGGCGAAGAAGAAGAUAGGGCGAAUUCAUGGACCGAGUUAUAUUUGUACUGACGUUUCGGAAACCCUCUCGGUUCCAUCAUCAGAGUAAUGCGUUGACUGUUCCUGUUGGUCUUGAUUGUGUCAGCCUUGAAACCUUCCUGGUAUUAUAUCCGUGCGCGAGGCACGAACUUUGACCUGCCUUUUCGCCGCCGAUUAGCGUUGACCUCUCCACGAUUGACCGCCGGUGGGCUCCUGCCACUAAUGACCCCUUUUCGGCCGUCCUAAUUGUUGGUGAGCCAGCAUGUUUGUCGGCCUCCCACUCGUCACUCAACGGACUGAUCAGUUGUUGGGACUCAUGUGAGUUGAUCUCAGCCUUGUGGGCGUUGCGGUGAGGUGGCGUCGCAUGCUGGUCACAUGACCCCCGGACGGCUUCUCUCCCACUUUCUGCUGACAUCGACUGUCGGCCGCGCAUCACUUUGCUCGACUGUCCUGAUGGCCUUGUCCGCACUGACUCGAGCCUUGUGCGUAGCGCCUGAUAGGCGGGAUGCAGAUCUAUGGCUCUGUUGAGUGUGCCAGUCGAGGACCAACUUUCGAGCACCAGUCUGGCCACCUUAUCAUUGGCUCGGCCGAUUACCCUUGCCUUUUCAAAGGCGAAAUUGUGGUUCUGCUGUUUGACGUGGCCAUAAACCAUAAACAGCUUGUCCUAGCGGUUGAUUGCAAGCUGGUGUUCAUGCAAUCUUGUGCCAAGACGUUUGCCCGUUUCACCAAAAUACCUUGCAUCACAGUUUUGGCAUGGUAUGCUGUAGACUACCGCUGAUUUUUCUGUCACCGAUAGCGGGUCUUUGGGCCUCAUUUUUUGUUGUCUGAUUGUUGACUCUGUCUUAUGAGCCACUCCGAUCCCGAAAGGCUUCAGAAUUCUUGCCGUCGCCUCUGACACGUUUUUCACAUAAUGGAUUGCGAGCCAAAAUUUUGGGUUUUCUCCGUCCGACCGCUCAGAGUGGGGCUUCUUAAGACACUUGCGUAUGAAGGACUUGGGAUAACCGUUGGCUUUAAAUAGGGCGUGCAAGUACUGAAUCUCGUCCUUCCUCCCAUUGUCGUUGCUGCAGGGUGUUUGAACGCGUUGGAAGAGGGUCCUGACGCAACUAUGUUUGUGACCAAUGGGGUGGUUGCUCUUGAAGUGGUGGAUUCGCCUGGUGUUAGUUGCCUUACGGUACACCGUUGUCCUUAUCUUCCUAUCCUCCAGCUUUGUCACAUCUGCGAACAAACAAAUUAUCCAUCUUCCGUCCCACUACCUGAAAGGAAAAUUCUGGGACCAAAAGAGAUUAUUGCCAGUCUAAUCGCGGUAGCGUUUUUGACACCGGCGGUAGGCACCCGCUUAUUAGGCGACAUACAUGAUUGCCACAUCUUCAAAUGGUCAUAAGCAAUAUCUAAUUUUGGAGAUUCUAAAAACCUCCUACUGUGCAGUUAAUGCACCUAACAUAAAUCUUCUGCGAAAGGACGAUGAUAGUCCUUUAGCAAACGUAAAUUAAUUUCCAUUUAAGUAAAACUUGUAUGAGUAAGACGACUACUAGCCUUGCAAAUGGCUAACUUAGCCUAGCUUAAUUCCCCGUUUACACUAUUAAAAACGCAGCAAAAACUUUCCUAAAUACGAAGAUUCGUGGGUCUUUUGUGAAAAUGUGCACAGGUUGGUCUACGGCCAAAUGAGCACUAAUAUGGCUAGAUAUUUUUUUCCAGAGGACUGGACUUUUCACGAUUGACCGAUAACAUUCUUUUGCGGCCUUUGCGCAAUAUUUUGCUUCUCAAAUGUGAUGCGCUGAUGACCCGAUUGUCUAUCACCCUCUGACUUUGGUUCAGGUCACGCAAUGCCUACCCAGAUACAGCGUGUCCUAUAAUCGUAGUCUGGCAUGUCGCGGACACAUUGUUUGAUCUCUCAAUAUCACAUUUUUGCCUAGUGAACAUGAGAACAUUUGGAUUUUCCAUCCAAAAUUAUCUGCAAAAACGGAGUUUGUUGGGUCGAUGAGAAUACAUUGGUAGGCAGGCCGUUACAGCAGGUGUCAUGAAGUUGUACUGAAUGAGUGUCAGUUGUUCAAAACAAAGCCUUUAUGGCAUUGUUUGCAAACGCAUAGGAUUUAGUGAUAAUCGGAAAAAUGAAACGCUCUGAGGUCACUACUGUUCUUUUCUCAAUACAACUGUGUUUAUUCUAACUCUAUGGAUGCAUUAAGUACGGAGAUACUCGCCACGACUUCGUUAAAUCGUGCUCUCUAAAAGUGCCCUUUUAAAGUUAUAAGGCAUCGAAAGGAAUUUUAUGUCGAGACACUAGUAAUCUAAUACAACGGAGUCCGAUGAGAUAUUGCUUCCUCUUUGAUGAAGUAACUGAGUUUCUUUAGUUCGAAUGCAGAAUGUUCUCAAUUGUCCGCUAAGACGAACAAUAGUUUCUUUAUGCAUUGCAUUCACUAAAAAAGGGCGAAGACAUAUGGUAUAGUGUAUUUUCGAGAUAUGGUGUAGGGGUGUCAACGGUGGGUUCACGUGAUGGUCGUAGUGGUCGAGCGCCUGCUCGCACGUGAGACAACGCCUAGCGACCAUUUGCUGACACUCAACCCUUAACUGUGACUCCACGUAGCUGGGCUCUGCUCAGCGGCCACACCCCGGGCAACCGCCUCGACCGGCGGGCCAAAUCAGGUGAGGGCGCUGUGCGCGUUGUGCCGUGUGCACAGUGCAUCGCGGACUCCGCUGGAUGGAUGGUCGGAUGGGACUCUGCGUCGGCUCCGUCGUGACGAGUCUCCGUCUGGUACGCCGCUGGACAGUUGGUGACGGCAUGGAUCUCCACAACGACAUCGCCUUGAUGUGCCCACCUACGCCGUCGGAGACCGCGGCUUACGGCAAAUUCGAGUCGUUCCCCACUACGAACAAGAAGUCGUGGCCCCAUAGUGGAGUUCGCUCGCGCGAAAAUAGCACAUGGGCAGUCAUAUUCAGGGUUACACUGCCUGCCCUCAUGAGGGGAAGGGCCUAAAAAACGUGAUCUAAUCAUUGCCGGGCACCACGUCGUCUUCAGGCUAGCCAGGGUCGCAGAUGUCAUAAACAUGGUCGAAAAAAUCAAAAUCAAAACAACAAUAGCAAUAACAACAACAAUACUCGCUCUCCUUCUCAUCCUACCUCUUCUUCCUCUUCCCCUGUCUAUUCUUCUGCUUAUUCUUCUUCUUCGUCACCUUCUCCUCCACCUCCUUCUCGUCGACCCACGCGUCGUCACCAGACUGGCAGAGUGUGUCCGCUCACUCUAGCAGCCUGGAAUGUUUGUUCAUUUUUAGAAAAUGCGAGGAGCAACCGAACGGAACGGAGGACAGCGCUAGUGGCACGAGAACUCGCCCGCUACAAGGUGGACAUCGCCGCACUCACCGAGACCCGAUUCUCCGACCAAGGCCUACUGGAGGAGGUGGGUGCCGGCUACACCUUCUUCUGGAGUGGUCGACACAGGGCAGAGCGACGAGACGCGGGCGUCGCAUUCGCCAUCCGGAUCGACAUCGUGAGACGACUGCCCAGUCUGCCGCAGGGAAUCAACGACCGCCUGAUGAUCCUCCGCCUGCCUCUCCGGCGGGGAGGUAAAUUCGCCACCAUCAUCAGCGCCUACGCUCCGCCGAUGACCGGCCCCGACGCCACAAGACACAAAUUCUACGAGGACCAUCACGCCCUCUUGGCAAAUUUAUCGAAGUUGGACAAGUUCAUUGUCCUUGGUGACUUCAACGCCCGCGUCGGCACAGAACAUGCUGCCUGGAGAGGUGUGCUGGGUCCCCAUGGUCAAGGCGGCUCAAACGACAAUGGCCUGCUCCUUCUCCGCACCUGCGCAGAACACCGCCUCAUCCUCAUGAACAACUGCUUCUGUCUGCCGGAGCGAGAGAAGGCCAACCGGAAGCAUCCUCGGUCGGGUCAGUGGGACCUGCUGGACUAUGUAUUCGUCCGGAGGCGAGAUCAACGGGACGUGCUGUUGACAAAGGGGAUCGCGGGUGCUUACCGGUUGGAGCGACUAUCGCCUAGUCAUCUCGAAGAUGCGUAUUCGCCUACAGCCUCGCAGGAGACCAAAAGGUAAGCGACCCCCAGGUAAGCUGAAUAUUGCCUUGUUGUCUUUGCCCGCUCACCAUUUUUAUUUCAGCAACGAGCUAGCUAGACAACCUUCCCAUCGCUGCCGCCGCCGAUGCGGUCGCUGCCGAGAAUGCCUCCGUGGAAAAACGCUGGUGUAAACUGCGAUACAUUGUUCAGUCGCCGGCACUAGCCGUCCUCGGUUGCGCAUGCCGCCAACACCAGGACUAGUUCGACGACAAUGACGCCGCCAUCAGAAAUCUGCUUGCUGAGAAGAACCACCUACACAAAGCCUACGUAAACCACCCCACCGACAACAACAGAGCUGCUUUCUACCGCAGUCGUCACCACCUUCAGCAACGACUGCGCGAGAUGCAGGACGCCUGGACCGCUGGCAGAGCUGAGGAGAACCAAGGCUACGCGGACCGCAACGAAUGAAAGAACUUCUUUUCCGCGAUUAAAGCUGUCUACGGUCCGCCGACGAAGGGCACUUCGCCUCUCCUCAGCGCCGACGGUAGUACCCUCAUGACCGAGAAGGAACAUAUUCUUCAGCGAUGGGCCGAGCAUUUCCGAGGCGUCCUCAAACGCCCCUCCGCCAUCUCCGACGCCGCCAUCGACCGUUUGCCGCAAGUAGAGACCAACGUGGACCUCGACCUCCCGCCGUCUCUGCAGGAACCCAUCAGGGCCGUGCAGCAGCUCUCCAGCGGGAAAGCACCCGGAUCGGACGCAAUCCCUGCUGAGGUCUACAAACAUGGAGGUCCCCAGCUGAUUAAUCACCUGACUGCGCUCUUCCAGGAGAUGUGGCGUCAAGGCGAAGUCCCACAAAAUUUCAAAGACUAUGGUGCAUUUCUACAACCGAAAUGGAAACCGCCAAGUCUGCGAAAUCACCAUGGCAUUUCCUUGCUGAACAUCGCGGGGAAGAUCUUCGUUCGCAUCCUCCUAAAUCGUCUCAAUAAUCAUCUGGAACAGGGCCUUCUGCCGGAAAGCCAACGCGGCUUCCGUCGUCAUCGCGGGACCACGGAGAUGAUCUUCGCCGCCCGUCAACUUCAGGAGAAGUGCCAGGAGAUGCGGACCCACCUGUAG